AUGCGGAUUCCACACCCACCCGAAACAGCAGCGUCGACAGCACCCCAGGCCUCCAUUGGAGCACUUCUGAGCUCUCAGGCGGCACAGCCAAAGGUGCCCGAGCUCCCCACCUACUACGUCGUCGGCGGCGCUGUGGUGAACCCGCAUCUGAUGGUGUCGCCAUCUGUCCAAGAGGGGAUACGCGAGGUGCCGUCGCUGAGCGUCGUGCCUGACGCGCUGCUCCGCCCAGGAAUUGGGCCGCAGUUAAACAAUACUCAUGCCACGGCACCAGCGGUAGCCACUGCCGGCAGCGAAGCGUACCGCAGCAGCGUGUCUCCGGAUAGAGCUCGAGUAUCUAGAGGGGUUUGGAGCUCGUUCAGCGGCGGUGCCUUUCACUGGUCACGCGGGAGUACAGCGCCGCUGACCUGCGCCGCCUCGUCCUCCGUCGCUACAGCCACAGAUGGCGCCGUCGUCACUGUGGAGGCAAUUCACACCGGCCGUCUCCACACGGAGAGCGCACCGCUGCUGCAACAGAUUCUCGGCAGCACCUCCACGACGACCUCGCUCGGUCUUCUGCGUCGCCUCUACGGCACGACGGCCGAGGAUGUGAUCGAAGUUGCCCACACAAACCCGCGCAACGGCACCGUGGAGCCGCCACGGCUUCAGUACCACCUCGCCCAAGAGCUGCUUCCUGAGCUUACGGGGGCCGAAGCACAGCUCAAGACCCUCGCUAGUGCCCGACGGCGCAUUGACUGGGACGUGAACAUCCCGACUGCCGACACGCUUCCACCACCCACGAUCGCCUUCACGACGGCGAGCAACGGUGCUCCGGUGACGACGCUAAACUCGGUUCGCUUUAGAGUGGACACGAGUACCCUCGUGAUGGAGCGCGACCGUACGACGGAGUUGGCAACGGCCGUUGGCAACGGCCCACUGGUGACCGGGGUGGCAGUGAACUCGGUCGGUGUGCGCACUCGCACAGCGAAGUCUGCACUCACACAAGAGGAAGAAAAUGUCGGCCUCGACAUCACCCGCGAGGACCGCAUCGGCAGCAGUGGGCUGUACUGCAUUCACCACCUCGUUGGGCUGCGACCCGGCUUGGGCGAGCAGGUCGGGCUGGUGCGCGUGCUCGAGUACAAGGUGGUCGUGUCGGUGAAGGAACUGUUCAUAGUGCCACCUUACAUCAACGCCAGUACUGGGGAUCUUUUCAUGGAGCUAAACACCUCACGGCAAGGCACAGCCAAGCUCAACAUCACAGGCGUGGACUGCGGCAGCGUGGACCCUGCUACGGGGACUCUGCAGAUGAGUAACAACACGCUGACAUGCUAUCUCGUCUUGCAGCAUGGCACAAACGCAUCUGCUAUCAAGGCUGACAGCGACGACACGCUCGUCAGCGCUCUGGGUGUGAGUGGUACGCAGCACAUGCAUGUGCCGUCCGUCGCAGUGCGCAUUGCGCGCGCGAUCACGGCAGGGGCAGCCGCAAGCGUCGCCGACUCCUUGCAGCGCUCUGCUCGCGACAGCAGCGGCGCAGAAGCCCACGCCGCCGAUAACUUUUCCCUUUCCCUCGCCCACUUCAAUCAAGAGAACAGCGGGCCAAAUCCUGCGGCGCCGUCAGGGGUCAGCGCUGGUUGCUUCAGCCGUGCGCCGUCCCCAGCGAAGGACGGCGUGGCCGCAGGCACGCUUAAUUCAGUGGUGGCGCAGGGGAAGCAAACGCCUGUCAACCAGCCGCGGCGCAACAGCCUUGAUGUACAGAGCGUAGCCGCACGCAAUGCCGCAGCAGCGACAGCGGUGGCCAUCUCGGCGGCGUAUACGUCAGCGACGCAAAGCAGCGCCAUGGCAGCUGCAGCGGCGGCGGCUGGUGCAGCUGGUCCGGGCCUCCGCGCAGGGAAUGGGGUGGUUGGCACAAAGACGAACAGCCAACAGGACACACAGCACUACCUCUUUCCUGCCACCAAUCCACACGAACUGCGCUAUGGUUGUUACACAGAGGCGACGCGACUGCGCCGCCUGCAGCAACGCAAACGCCAGCAGGCAUUUGAAAAGGCCGAACAAGAAACGGCGACCGAGCGACGGUGUCAGCAACAGCAGCAACGGGCAUCAGCAACCCCGAGCAGCGGUAGUCCGCCGCACGGGGCGCAGGCGAAUACCGCGUGGUCGAAUGACGAGGGCGACAAGGGCCUGAGUGGAACCGGGGUGGCAGACCCCAACAGUCGAAGCCGACCGACGACGCCGUUGGGCGGCAAAGAGCGGAAGCGGCGCCAGCCGACGGUGGAGGUGCUGGAGCUCGAGCAUGAGUUUGACACGAGCGGCCCCGUCUCAGCGCUAGUCAUAAAUUCGUGGGAGCCACAGUGGUCAAACAGCGUCGGCGGAGGUAGUAGCGGCGACCGAGCCUCUGAGGCGAUCCUGGGGAAGAGUGGCGGUCUCCGCGAUGCCGACGCGGCGACGAACCGCGAGCUGCGCAGUCCUCCCUUGCCGACUACCUUCUUCUUCAUGGACACUCUGCAGUCACCUCUAAGCUACAUGCGGCUGACUGGCUGGCAGGACCGCCUCAUGAUGCUGUUCCGAGAGGAGGAUAUGGACCUCCUUCACAGUGAGCAGCGAACUCGCUUCAAACGCGAAGCCUUUCAGGAGCUCAGCGAUGGCAUGCUGGCUGCUAUGCUUGCUAACUCGUAUUUGUGGAACGGCGGCGUCAGCAGCAGCAGUGGCAAACGCGCAUCGACGCACACACGCCGCGGGUCCUCGACAGCCGCGUUGCGCAACUUCAGCGGUGUCGCCGAUAGCAUCUUCUGUCACUGCAACAGCAGCAACAACCCCUUCCCCGCCCUCGCGAACCGCGGCUUUGCCACGGCGAACGGCAGCAGCGCCAGCGGUGGUGUGCAGCUGAAUGCCUCGGCUGAAGUGACAACGGAGAAAACAUUCUCGGUGCUGCGGCGGCUCAUCUUGUGCCUGGCAGUGGAAGAGGAGCGGGCGUCGACGCAGCUGUACAGCGACACGGUGCAGCUUUGCAGUCAAUUUUGCCACAACGCCUUGCUGAAGACCACCGCCCUGACGCGCGGUACCCGAGAAGGGCUGCAGCAGGAGGCAGCGGCGAUCCUGUCUACUGGGUCGCCUGUCUCGCCAUGGAAGAUGGCCACAAGCAGUGGCAACCCUGACGGCAACACGGCGCUCUCUGGGAAGGACCUCGAGGUACUGCGCUCGCUGCAAGAAGCGCUGGAGCUGUCCAUGACGGUUAUGCUGAUUAUCGGGGCCUACGGCGAGGCCGUGGAGUACGCACUUCAGCGUGUGCACACGCUUUGCCUGCUGGAGGGGGACACAGACGCUCUCGUGAACGCGGCGCAGCGCGACUUGGCGGAAGCUUACUUCUUCUACGGCGACUACGCCACCGCCGCCACGAUUGCCGAGGAUGUCGUCAUGCUCACGCGUCAGCUCUCCGACGACUCCCCCGACGCGUACGAGGUGGUCGAGGCAGAGCUCCUGUGCACCCUUGCCUGCGUCGCGGCCGGUAGGCAAGAGCGGCUCCGACAUUACGUCGACAGCCUCGAGCUCAACAUGCUUCCCAUGGAGUGUAGCAGCGACAGUGCGGCGUGCGCGGCGCAGCCCCUGCUACAAGCGCAGUUGCGCCUUGUGCUGGUGUUAGCGAAGACGUACCUCGUGCGUAGCGGGUCGAUCGGGGCCACGGCGGGUGUUCUUGCGUCCACCAAGACGGCCACAACAACAGGCAACGACAGCAUAGGGCGGAAGAGUAGCACAGUCAGCACCACAGUGUCCGUCAGCACGGGCGAUGUCGUCACGCUAUUACGGGAAGCGGUGCGGCUUCUUCGAGGCAAAGGCGACCUACAAGAAAUGGAGCAGAGCUGCUUCACGGUGCUCCCGAGCCAGGCACGGCCCCCCAUCGCAGUCGACCGUGAUGGCAGCGACGUUACAGCCAAGAUGGUAGCGGCGCAGAAACGACUGCGGUGGCACUUACUCUACUUUGCCGGUGCGCAGCUCCUCCAGAACGACCGCGAGCAGGAGGGCAUCGAGGUCAUGGAAAGCACUGUAAAGGAGCUGGUCCUCGGUCAGCACCGCCACGCGGAGCGCAGUCAGCGCGCGAACCUUGCGGCGGUGCUGUGGGUGGGACUUAUGCUCGCGAAGAGUCGAAUGCAGCCUGGGCAUGUGACGGACAUCAUGCCCAUGCUGAAGGAGAUGUCAAACCGCGUUGUUCGUAUCCGCGGCCCCCUACAUCCGCUCGCUGCCAGGUCCCAACUGCUCUACGCCUACGUCGCGCACUGCGUAACCAAUAGUCGGCAGAGCGUCAGCCUGGCCACACGCAGUUUGGCCGCCUUGGAGUGUGGAGUUGGUCCGCAGUCGUACGACCGGCUCAUGGCCCACUAUAUAAUUGGCACAAUGGCCGAGGCGCAGCAACGCUGGCGGCCCGCCAUCGAGCACUUGAGCGCCGCAUACGCCAUUGCACAGACAAACCGCUUGGCCGAGGACGAUCUGCUCUUGAUGGACACUCAGUUCCUGGGGGCGCUUAUGCUGUGCCCGUCGACGGCAGUGCUUGACCUCGACACAACCACACUUUGCGCGCACUUCGAGAAGCGCCUGCAGCACCUGCGAGAGCGCGUCGGGCCGCACAGCGAGCGGCUCGUGGUACCUCUGUGGAACGCGGCGGAGCUGCUCUACUUACUGAAGGACGCGGAGAGCGCUAUUGACUACCUCCAACAGGCUACGCGGCUGCUGGACCGCCGCGGCGUCCUGCUCGUGUCCGCCGAUGUGCUGAAGCCAGCAGAUGUGGUUAUGCUGGAGCAACAAGAAGCGGUGUGUAGUGGUGCUGGUAAAGAAGAUCGUGGUGAAAGUUGCGCUGCGCAGGCCGCCAGGGCCCGCGAGCGUGGCGAGCACCUCGUGGCGCAGCGCAACGCUCUCAUCCAGACAUCCUUCGACACCGUCUCGCAAUCCUUGCAGCUUGCCACAACGCUGUUCAUGUGGGCAGCCAUGCUUGAGUCACAGGGCCGCAUGACCGAGGCUCGAGAGAAAUACGGUCAGUCACUCGCCCUCUACGAGGCUUCCCACCUCGGUAACAACUCGCUCGCAGCAGUGCAUAUCAUGGAGGCACUGUCUAAGCUGCUCUAUACCGCCGGUGCGUGCGGCGAUGCCCUGAUGUGGGCACGCAAGGCAGAGGAGUUGCUGCACAGACACUACCCGAGAGAAUGGGCGCUGGAGCACGCGGCAGCGCAGAAGAUUGUGGACGCCACUGAGCAUCGCCUGCUUGUGGAGGAGGGCACAUACGUGGUACAGAGCGGGCUACCCACUCACAGCGAGUUUGUGGAGCUCCUCUGA